CUAGCCAAGCGGUUUGCUGGAGCUUGCCAGCGACACGAAUUAAGUACCGAGAACGGAAGUCCGAAAAUUCGAAAAUCGAAACACCGAAAGUUUGAAUUUCCGCUAGCAAAUCGAAUUUGAGCGCUCCGGUGCGCAUACGCCGUGUGUGUUCCCCAUUCCCCAACAAGGUUUACAAAUAAAUUAUAAAGUCGGCUAAAGUGCCGCCAGCACGUGCAUUAUCCCAAGUUGUUUUUUAUUUUUUACGUUUCGUCGCCGUUUGUUUUUGUUCUUUUUUAACACUUGAUAUUUGAAAUGGUUAAAACUGCCAUCCUUUUUGUGGCCCUAUUCUUAAUAAUUUGUGGAUGCCUUUUAACGGAUACUCAAGCGAAAGCAGCAAUUGGCAAUGGAAGCAAUUUUCUGGAAGUCUCACUGCGGUAUUUUGACGAGCAGCUUCUGCUCGAUAUUCUACCACGUGCCACGUGUCCUGGAGAGGAUGAGGGAUCUCCGAUGGACGAGUUCGCCGACCUUUUUACGGUGGAACAACUUCGUCAGGGGUGGGUGGUGCUUCACGUCUUCGCCGCAGUUUACUUCUUCAUCCUACUGGCCAUCAUCUGCAACGACUACUUCCUGCCGACGGUGGAGUGCAUCUGCGAGGACUUACACCUAUCAAAGGACGUGGCAGCGGCCACUUUCAUGGCCACGGCCACUUCCAUGCCCGAGUUCUUCACGAACACGAUCAGUACGCUGAUUUUAGAGUCGGAUAUGGGCCUUGGGACGAUCAUCGGAUCGCUAAUGUUUAACACACUGGGCGUGGCUGGAUUGGCGGCACUCGCCAUCGAUAAGCCAGUGCAGCUGGACUGGUGGCCAAUAGCACGCGACUGCUUUAUCUACAUCUUCAACACGAUUAUCCUGCUGGUCUUGGCCUGGGGCGGCAAUAUUAGCUUCACGGAGUCGUGCAUAAUGAUGGGAUUCCUAGUGCUCUACUAUCUCAUCACGUUCAACAACAACAAGUUUAUGCCAUCCAUCCGCGUAUUUAUCGAAGAUCGGAUGAACUGCUGCUUCUCCACACGAUAUGACCUAACAGAGCCCCCAGAGAACAGUGCCAAGGCCCAGCUGCCGCUCAAGAAGGAUCCACUAUCCGGCAAUGGCCUCUUUGUGGUCAAUCUUCCCGAAAACACCUCGUCCAUGUCCUCCACAGCUAACCUCACGCACUCCAAGCACUGGAAUGGCGAGAAUGACGAGAAGGAUGGUAUGCCUGAGAGCAUAUACUCUUAUCCGCUGGACGUUUCCGGAUGGAUGCAGUUUUGGUGGAUUUUCGUCUUCCCUAUUAAAUUCACACUAUCCCUGCUGAUCCCGCAUCCAAUGAAAUACCGCCGUCUGUAUCCAUUAUCCUUUAUCAUGUGCAUCCUGUGCAUCGGUGGGAAUGCCUAUCUUAUUGUCUGGAUGCUAACUGCCUUCGGUGUGGCAAUCCAUGUACCCACCAUUGUGAUGGGUCUGACCUUCCUGGCGGCUGGGUCCACCAUGCCAGAAGCUGUCUCCAGUCUUAUUUCGCUAAGAAAUGGUGAAAGUGGCAUUGGAGUUUCAAAUUCCUUGGGUGCCAAUUCGCUGGCCAUCUUGUUGUCCCUGGGAGUGCCGUGGUUCAUCAAGAACUGUAUUCACUACGGAUCUGGGGAGCCCCAGCAGGUUGGCACCCAGGGCAUAGAGUACAAUAUUCUGAUCCUGAUCAUCUCCACGGUGGCACUUUUCGUAAUUCUCAGCUUCAGUGGCUAUCGCCUUACCAAGCGGGUGGGAGUGGCCCUCUUCACUGUAUAUGGGGUUUUUAUCGUUCUGCAGAUCCUCAUCGAGAUGAAUGUCUUCUUUCCCAGAGAUUGCAGUAGCUAGUAAUGGAACUGGAUCUGGAAACCCAGAG